CGUGUCCGCCCCGCCCGCUCGUGUGCGGACAAGGCGGGGGGGUUCCGGGGGUGCUCCGCGCCCUCGCCCUGCCCGCGGUGCAGUUAAGAUGCGCCCCGGACGCCGUGUGGCUGCAGCGCGGCGGCGCUGACAUCGCUCACCAUGGACAGCUUCGACUUAGCUCUCCUUCAGGAGUGGGACCUGGACUCUCUGUGUGUGUAUGAGCCGGAUAGAAACGUGCUGCGAAGGAAAGAAUGGGAAAGGAGAAAUCAGGAGGCCCAGCAGGAGGAUGGCGCAUUUAACACGAGUUACUCCCUCUUCAGUGAACCGUACAAGACUAACAAGGGGGAUGAGCUCUCGAAUCGCAUCCAGAACACGCUGGGCAACUACGAUGAAAUGAAAGACUUGUUAACUGACCGAUCAAACCAGAGCCACCUUGUUGGGGUUCCAAAACCUGGGGUUCCUCAGACAUCUCUCCCCAAGGCCGAUGAACAUCUUACUGCAGACUCAAGACCACCGCCUUCUCCUCCCAUUUCCAGCACUACUUCUUCCACACCAGCAGCCCUACCUACCCAGCAGAACAAAAGCACCACGAUGGGCUGGCAGAAGGCCGGGCACAAUGCCACUUCAGAUGACCAGCAGAGAGUGAGCAAGCACGGGCACCGGUCGCUGGAGUCACACAAGGGUGACUUCAAACUGGUGAACCAAAAAUCCAACCUGGAGAAACUAAAACGCUAUGCAUCGAGUCCCACCUCCUCCUCCUCCUCCUCCUCCAACACCACCCAGCAAAGUUCAUUGAGGGCCACGCUAGGAGAAAACAUCAACACAAUUCAGCAGCCAGCAAAACUCAACUGUAGCUCGGAAGGAGGAGCUCAAGUGCAAGAGAGGCCAGCAAAGCACGGUGGUGGGCACUGCGUCCAAAACUUCCCACCCUCUCUUGCUUCGAAGCCCAGUCUGGUUCAGCAGAAACCAACAGCUUACGUAAGGCCAAUGGACGGUCAAGACCAGGCUCCUGAUGAGUCUCCAAAGCUGAAGUUACUAGCUGAGACGACCAAAUCAUAUAGGGGAGUGCCUUCUAACAAGCCUGAUUCGGCCAGGACCAAGUCAAAGAUAGCCAAGUUCAGCAUUCCUAAGCAAGAAGAGGACAGUGGAACAGGAGAUAACAGCUGCAUUGAAGAAAUAUUGCGGAUUAAAGAAUUAACCGAGACAGUGCCACGGGACAAGAAGAGCACACCUGUGAGCACCGAAAAAGCUGUUACUUCUCACCCAACAACUCCAGAACAAAAUGGAAGAUACCCCAGAACAAAACAGAAGGAGAUGACCCAUUCAUGGCCACCACCACUGUCAGCUAUUCACACACCAGGAAAGGCAGAACAAAGCAAGUUUUCCUUCCCAAACAAGGAGUCACAACAGGGAUCUGCAGGACACAGCAAUACAAGGAAAAGUGAUGUAGAGCCAAAGAGUCCAGAGAAAAGCGCAGCCCAUACAUCAAUGCUAGAAGAUGACCUCAAGUUAAGCAGCGAUGAAGAAGAGAGUGACCAGCAGGCAGCACAGAGAUCUGCUCUCCGCGUUCUAUCUGACAGCCUGGUGGUGCCACAAUCCAAUGCCCGAGCCUUGGGACUCUCCAGCAAGGGGUCGAGCAGCAGCAGCUCCAGUGAAUCCGAGACCAGCUCAGAGUCUGAUUCAGAGAGCGAAAGCAGCUCCAGCGAGAGUGACGGCAGCAAGCCCUCGCAUUACUCCAGCCCAGAGCCCGAACCGCCCUCAUCCAACAAGUGGCAGCUGGACAAGUGGCUGAAUAAAGUCACACCGCACAAGGCACCCAUCCUGACCCACCAUGACAGCCCAGCAUUGGAGGCCCAUUCCUACUAUGGCCGCGUGAAGGCGGAGUGGCAGGAAAGCGAGAAGACCCCGGCCGCCGGCCCAGCCGAGCACCACAGUGGGGAAGGCCGUACCACCUCCGGCGCUGCCAUCGGGGACAGACCACGGCCCAGGACCGCCAACAAAGCACCAGGCAGCAAGGGCAGCCGCCAGAAGUCACCCCCCGCCGCCGAUGGUGGGCCUCCAAGGCGGGCGGCGGGGAAGAAGGUGCCACGGCGGUCCGAGAGGACCUCUGCUGGGGACGGCCCCCACUGCGCCGGUGUGGAGGAGCCCCUCCGGAGCCACAGCUUUCCCGAAAGCACUGCUGACGAGGUGCCGAGGGCCCGGCCUGGCAGCAGCAGCACCAGUGGCAGUGGCUGCAGAGCAGGGCACCGCCGGGAGCCCCGCUCGGCCGCAGCUGGCGAGAAGCGUCGGGCCCGGGGGCCAAGCAAAACGGCGCCCAAAUCCAAGGAGUUCAUCGAGACUGAGUCUUCGUCCUCGUCGUCCUCCUCCGACUCGGGCUCUGAGUCAGAGCGGGAGGAGCGCCCACUGCCCAAGGCACUGGCGGCAGCUGGGGCCGAGCCACGGGCCAAGGAUGCGGGGACCGGCACCGCCAGCAAACCCCAAGGCAGCUGCAGUGCCUUUGGCUCCAUUAAUGCCAGGACUAGUAGUGAAAUAGCAAAGGAGCUGGAGGAACAGUUUUACACCCUGGUUCCUUUCGGUAGGAAUGAGCUCCUGUCUCCUCUGAAAGACAGUGAUGAGGUAAAGUCGCUGUGGGUCAACAUUGACUUGGCUCUUUUGUCCAGGAUUCCAGAGCGUUUGCCCGAAGAGCCGCUGGCCAUGAGCGCCGGAGCAAACCAGCCGGCCAGCCUCCCGCAGGGUAGUAGUGCUGAGCCCCCCGCAGAGAAGGGUUUACCGAAAUCUAGAAGGAAACGCAAGUGUGAGAAUGAGGAAGAGUGCAGAGACAUCAAGAAGACUCACUUAGAGCGAGAGAAUUCUUCACGAUUAGCUGCCUCUGCCCACAGCAUCACAACAGCAAAUCACUGCAAUAUGAAUGAAAAUAGCUUGGCAAUACCAAUAAAUAAAAAUGAGAAAAUGCUUCGGUCACCCGUCUCUCCCCUCUCUGAUGCAUCAAAACACAAAUACUCCAACGAUGAUUUAAAUUCCUCCAGCAGACCUAAUGGCAGCAGUCUAUUACCUUCCAUCUCCUCCAGCAAAAAACAUAAGGGUGAAAUCCAGUCACAGACACAUCCCGGAGACUUCAAUAAAGCAAUUCACAUCAAUUCAGAAAAUGUUCUCUGCAAUAAGCCACAGUCCCAAACAGAGCCUUGGUCACCUCUGUCCAGCACACCCAGGGACUGCAGAAGGACAAAGCUUAUCUUUGAUGAUAUGCCACGCAAUGCAGACUACUUUAUGCAGGAAGCUAAACGGAAGAAGCAUAAAGCAGAUGCAAUGGUGGAAAAGUUUGGAAAGGCACUGAAUUAUGCAGAAGCAGCACUAUCGUUUAUUGAGUGUGGAAAUGCAAUGGAGCAAGGCCCAAUGGAAUCUAAAUCCCCUUAUACAAUGUAUUCAGAAACAGUUGAACUCAUCAGGUACGUGGUGAGACUAAAAACCCACUCAGGCCCCAACUCCACACCAGAAGACAAACAGCUGGCAGCACUAUGUUACCGCUGCCUGGCCCUUCUGUACUGGAGGAUGUUCCGACUCAAGAGAGACCAUGCAGUGAAGUAUUCAAAGGCACUUAUUGAGUAUUUCAAGAAUUCAUCAAAAGCUGCCCAGAACCCAUCUCCUUGGGGUGCUAGUGGAAAGAGCACAGGAACUCCAUCACCCAUGUCCCCUAGCCCUUCUCCAGUCAGCUCUGUAGGAUCCCAGGGGAGCACAGGGGCCCCUUCCCCAUCUCCUAUCAUCAGCAUUCCGCAGCGCAUUCAUCAGAUGGCCGCCAACCACGUCAGCAUCACCAACAGCAUCCUGCACAGCUAUGACUACUGGGAGAUGGCUGACAACCUGGCCAAGGAAAACAGAGAUUUUUUUAACGACUUGGAUGCAUUGAUGGGACCUAUCACCUUGCACAGCAGUAUGGAGCAUUUAGUUCAGUACACUCAACAAGGACUUCACUGGGUGCGAAAUAGCGCUCACUUGUCAUAAUGACUGUGUGCCAUUCACAUGGACAGUAUACCUUUCAUGGAUAAUUCAGUUAUUCUGGACACUGUGCUACAGAAAUAG